CAGCCAUGGCCCUCCCCCCUCCGCGCAAAAACCCUAGAGGGAGGAAAUUUUUCUAUUUUGUGCAAGAUCGCAGCCGUUGGAUAGCUACCAGUUGUGAGCCGUUGGAUUGGCUAAAACAUUCUCAGGGUUUAGACGAUGCCCUAGUUCUAGGAAGUGCUGCUGCUGCGCUAUGGCGGCAGGCGCGUCUCACAGGCUCCAGCUCCGCCGGGCGAUUCGCGAGCUCCGCGACAGGGGACUCUACACAGCCGCGAAAUGCGGGCGUGAAUAGGGCUGCCGAGCAACUGGUCGGGCUUCCGGAGGAUCGUGAGAAUGUAGGUCCAGCGCCAGUGCCCGACGAGGCGGAGGGCGGCGAUGGAGACGUGUUUCUACUCGCAAAGGCAUUCUUUGAUAUGCGGGAGUAUCGAAGAGCAGCACACGCUUUGAGGGGUGCUACUGGCAAGAAAUCUUUUUUUCUAAGGUGUUACGCGACUUACCUGGCCGGGGAGAAAAGGAAAGAAGAGGAGAUUAUUGAGCUGGGUGGUCCUUUGGGAAGGAGUGAUGCUGUAAAUCCCGAGCUAGCCGGAUUAGAACAGGAGCUGACAUCACACAGUGAAAAAGGAACUCUUGAUGCGUUUGGAAACUAUCUCUACGGGGUGGUCCUCCAUGAAAGGGACCGAAAGUCGGAGGCUCGGGCCGUUCUCUGUGCAUCCGUCAACACAUAUCCUUGGAACUGGAGCGCAUGGCUGGAGCUCCAAGCUCUCUGCACAGACCCAGAGAUCCUACCAACGUUGCGACUCGAGGACCACUGGAUGCGUGACUUCUUCAUAGCCAGCGUCUACUUGGAUCUCCAGAAGAACUCCGAAGGCCUGGCGUGCUACCGCUCGCUCCACGCGAUGUUUCCAGUCAGUGACUACGUUCUCGCGCAGACAGCCACAGCACACUACAACCUCCGAGAGUUUGACGAAGCCGAGGGGCUGUUCGAGGAACUCCUCCGGACGGACCCGUAUCGCAUCGAAGGCAUGGACAUGUACUCCAACAUUCUCUACGUCAAAGAGUGCUUCGCAGCUCUGAGCCAUCUUGCUCACAAGGCGGUGCUGACGGACAAGUAUCGGCCUGAGACGUGCUGCAUCAUCGGGAACUACUACAGCUUGAAAGCCCAGCACGAGAAGGCGGUGCUCUACUUCAAGAGAGCUCUCAAGCUCAACCGGAAGUACUUAUCAGCAUGGACUCUCAUGGGUCACGAGUACGUGGAAAUGAAGAACACUCCGGCAGCCAUCGACGCGUACCGCAGAGCUGUGGAUAUCAAUCCCAGAGACUACCGCGCGUGGUAUGGCCUGGGACAAACUUACGAGCUUCUCAUCAUGCCGUUCUACGCGCUCUACUACUACCGGCGUGCCGCGCAGCUCCGUCCUCAUGACGCUCGGAUGUGGUGUGCCAUGGGACAGUGCUACGAGAACGAGCAGCUCCAGAUGUUUGAUGCCGCUAUCCGGUGCUACCGCCGGGCCGUGAACAACAACGAUCGCGAAGGCAUAGCGCUCAACAAGCUUGCGAAGCUGCACAGCCAGCUUGGACAGGCGGACCAGGCCUCUUACUACUACAAGAAAAAUCUCGAGAGGCUCGAGGCGGAUCAAAGUGAAGGACAGGACGUGGUGGAUGCGUUGCUCUUCCUGGCGACGCACUCCAAGAACCAGGGAUUUCUAGACGACAGUGAGAUGUACUGUAUGAGACUCCUCGACUAUGGCGGCCCGGCUAAAGAGGAGGCCAAAGCUCUACUCCGGGAGAUAAGAAGCGUCCAGCAGCAUGCUUCGGUGCUACCAUCGAUGGAUUUAGAGCAAUUCACUCCAUGAAAAGUACGUGUGAUUGUUCAAGCCGUGACUAACAUUCUCCUCAAUUUUUUUCUAAAUGGCCGAGGCUCGCCAGAAGGAACUCUUUUGUUGUAAUACCAAAACCAGAAACACCAUAAAUGUAGGAAGAUGAGAUCC